AUGAAUUUAAUUAAAAAAGAUGAUAGACAGGAUUACUACGAUGUUUGUCGAAUAUUUCUGUCGGUGAUCGGCCAAUGGCCUUAUCAGAGGCUUCGUGAGAGAAUACUUUGCAUGAGUGUAAUCACUACAUGGCUUAUUACUAUGCUUGUGGUACAGGUAACAUAUUAUUAUGUAUGCGAGACGACGAAGUGCAUAUUUAAAACCUUAUCAGUAAAUAUGAGCGUAUGGAUGGCUUUCGUGAAACUAUUAACUUGUCAUUUCAAUAAUCGAAAAAUUAAUUACCUCAUAGAAUAUUUACACACGAAUUGGAAUAUUCUCGACACUCAAGAGGAACGGGAGAUUAUGAAGACGUAUGCCAUGAACGGCAGAUGGUACACUUUCGCAUACGCCUUAUGCAUUUAUGUUGCUACGGUGACAUUUGGGCUAACUUCGCUUUUACCGCGUAUUAUGGACGUUAUAUUUCCCCUGAACGAAUCUCGUCCGACAGUAUUGCCGGCACCGGCGUACUACUUCGUCGACGAGACUAAAUACUUUUACUACAUAUUUUUCCAUCUUGAAUUCGGCAGUUUGAUGGAAAUGGUCGGACUUGUCGCGCACGACUGCAUUCUUUUAACUUUGGUCGAACACGUCUGCGCCCUUUUCGUCAUUGUGGGGUUAGCCAUCCUUAUCGAGAAAACUUUUUCUUUAUCCUUUGCUAUACAAAUCCUGAUGAAUGUGAUUGCCAUGAGCACCAGUUUAAUACAAGCAGCACAGUUUUACGUAUGCGAGACAACGCAGUGCAUAAUUCAAGCUGUACCAGUACAUUUAACCGUAUGGAUAGCUCUCCUGAAAUUAUUAACUUGUUAUUUCAAUAAUCAAAAAAUUAAAUACCUCAUAAAACAUUUACACACGGAUUGGAAUAUUCUUGACACUCAAGAGGAACGAGAAAUUAUGAAGAGGUAUGCCAUAAACGGCAGAUGGUACACUUUCGCAUACGCCUUAUGCAUUUAUGUUGCUACGGUGACAUUUGGGCUAACUUCGCUUUUACCGCGUAUUAUGGACGUUAUAUUUCCCCUGAACGAAUCUCGUCCGACAAUAUUGCCGGCACCGGCGUACUACUUCGUCGACGAGACUAAAUACUUUUACUACAUAUUUUUCCAUCUUGAAUUCGGCGCUUUGGUGGCAUUUGCGGGACUUGUCGCGCACGACUGUAUUCUUUUAACUUUGGUCGAACAUGUCUGCGCCCUUUUCGUCAUUGUGGGAUAUAGGUUUGAAUAUCACUUGUACAAACGCAAUAUUACGGACAAGUGUUUGAGUAAUAUUUCAAAUGAUGUAUAUGUCGAAAAUAUUGCGUAUUCCAUUCAACUUCAUCAAAGAACUCUACACUUUGCUACUCUUAUCGAGAAAACUUUUACUUUAUCCUUCGCCAUACAAAUCUUGAUUAUUGUGAUUGUCAUGAGCACUAGUUUAAUACAACUCUCAGAAGAACUGCAGAAUGAUAUGAUAGCAGUAAUGAAAUUCUUUAUAUAUAUCGUAGCUCAGUUAUUCCAUUUACUAGUUUUCAGCUAUCAGGGACAAAAAUUGAUAAAUCAUAGUCUUGAAACACACGCAAAAAUUUAUAAUGGCUUAUGGUACACCAUACCUGUGAAGUCGCAAAGAAUGCUGUUGUUCGCCAUGAGAAAAAGCUCGGAAGUUGUUUCAUUGUCUGCCGGAAAGAUAUAUAUAUUCUGUCUAGAAAGUUUUACUUCGAUUAUGCAAACUUCGGUCUCCUACUUUACGGUAAUGUCAUCCUUCAGCGAGCCGUGA